AUGAAAUUUGAAGUCAUCACCGAAAUGAAGCGGAAUUUUACGCUGAUCAAAUUCAUCCAACUUCUGUUUGUUCUGUGGUGCAUUGGAGUAGUCACAAAUGCGCAAAACGAUGGUAAUGUUAAAGCACUUAUAUGUAUGUACAUUGUAACAAAAGUAUCUUUAUGGCAGUUUUGUAUGUAAAUAUAUAUAUAUACAUGUACAGCAUAAUCAGCCGUGUUGGAAACGUUAGAGCUACAUACACGAAAUGAAGGCGAGUGGUUGUAUAUCUUAUAUACAAAAAGAACGCGAAUGGAACGUUAAUUCGUGUUUUCAAUCAUUUUAAAAUACGAUAAGGCUAAGAGUGGUGAGAAGUUUUGGUGAGAAAAAUGAACAUAAAGUUUCCUAAACCAGCAGAAUUCUGUAUCAGACAUCUGUAAAGAUCCUUUACGCGGUCAUGAUUCCUUUUGACUUUUCCUCAUAUAUGUACUAAACCGAGACAAAAAAUAUCCAAUGCAAUCCAAAGUUUCAACCACACACGCUAUGCCAGGGUGUGGCCAACUCUGUGUGCAACUUGCAUGCAAUCAUGUUUACCAAAAAAAAUUCUCUUUUAUAGAACCCUUGAGAAAGAACGCUUCUACUACCGUUGUUCGCCUGAGACCCACUGCGGUUGUUGGUAUUACGAAUGCAUCUGAAACUGCGGCAUUAUCCCAAAUGAGUUUUGUUGUAAAAACUCAAACUAGUGUUCCACAUCAUCAUUUAUCUGUAAAAGGUAUGAUAAAUAUCUUCAUCUUCUUGUGUUGUUACAUUUUGUUGUUGUUGUUACAAAAUUGUGUCGAAGAAUACUUUGGGAAUGGCCAUGCAUGCAUGCAUUCUUUGUAGAUUUUCUUCUUUACCUGAAUUCAUUGUUUUAUUUUCUUCACAGCAACAAGAACAAUCAUUAAUUCAAGUAUGACAGUCAUCCCUACGAGAACAUUGAAAGAACGAAACGAAACAGACACAGGUAUUGUAUGUUUAUUGCCUGCAUGAACGUUACACUCGUCAAAGGAAACAUUUGUCGAUUUAAUUGUACGGUGAAUCAGUUAACCAGCUCAUGCCACUUGUUAUUAGUCCUUGACGCGAUAGUGUGUACGCUCUAUAAUUUCAAUUCUUUCUAACGCGUACGACAGACGAUUCCAUCAGUAUUGGUUUACAUAGCUUACAUACAGCGAGUUUACCUACUGUCUGUUUAAUCCAUACUGUGCCCAUGGCCCUACAUUUUCAUUUUAUUCUAAUACAAGACGAUAUUAUUAAUUCGUCAGGGAGAUAUAUUUUAGGCGCCGAUGGUUAAAAUAAUAAAUCCUGUUACCAAUGGAAUUCUCAGCCGUUUUCUCACCGUUAAAUUCCUUUUUUGUUUUUAUAGCGAAGAAUGAUAGCUCGAACUUGGGCUUGAUCAUUGUCUGUACCGUUGCUGUUGUGGUUGUGGUGAUUGUUGUUAGCAUCAUGGGACUACGCUCACUGAUAUACAGGCGGAGAAAGCAAAGCAACAAGAGGUCUUCCAAUAAAGCUUGCAGAGUAAGUCAGACAGUCUUAUCUUUUUGUCUAAACAUCACCAUGCAGGCUUUCUCCCGCAAUCCUUAUGUAAAAGGUACGUUAAAAGUACGACUAGAAAUUUAGGAAAAAUAGGAACAUAGUAAAAUAUACAAAAACGUAGGACAAAAGUAGGAAUUUUUAGAGAUGCAAAUAACACAAAAUUCAAAAAUACAAUGUAGAAACAGUGUUUACAAACUCCAGUAGUAGGAUAUAUGUGGAAGAAGAAUAGGUAAAAGUAGGAUGGCAUCACUAAUAGAGAAAUAAUUCAAUCAGUGACUGUCAAAUCUCAUGCACUCUUAUCGUUUUUAGAUCCGGGCUUAAUGUUAAAUCUGAACUGUAUAUAUUUUUAUAGGGAGAAAUGAGUUUGUCUCAAUUACAUGUUUGUCCUCCCGAUACUGCUGUUGCUGAUGUAGAAAUACCUACUUCUACAAAUAUUCUUGUUGGACCUGCUGCUGGUCCAACAAUUACUGGCGAUGGAGUUCGCACAAUUUAUGACGAAGAGGUAAGAUGGUGUUUAUCAUGGUUUAUAAAUAUGACUGGAUAAAACACCAUCAAACAGUGAUGUCAAAAGUUAAAAUUUUAAUACAUCUUGAGAGGGGGGAGGGGCGGCUUAGUUAUUUCUGGCACGUUUGAGACGGCCGCGGGGUGGAAAUAAAGAGUUGAAGGUAACGAAGGAUUUUGCUGAUGGAAAUUUCGAGUGUAAAUUUUAUACAUUUAUUUGGACCUAACCAGGAGCAGCUGAGACAAAUGCAACUCUGGCAGAAAUUCAUUCAUUCAUUUAGUCAAAUUAUUCAUUCAAUUAUUCAAUUAUUCAUUCAUUUAGUCAAAAGACAGUGAUUAGUAUUAGCCAUUUCCCAAAGUCCUUGGUCUAGUCGCGCAAAUCCCAUGCAUGUUGGACAAGAAGUAUGGCAGCACACAUUUAACUAAUUAAAAAUUUAAUGUAAAAAGGAUAUAUAUUUUAUUUUUGGUCGUCUAGAAAGUUGGUAUUUGUUAAGUAGAUUCUUCUACUCUCACAUAUUUGACGCCUGUCACCAUAUAUUUUCUCCCUCCAAACGAUCCCAGAAUGCACUGUGAUCUCGUUUCGGACUAAAGGCUAAUUGGAGAAAUGGGCUUAAUAUUAUACAUGGUAAAAACAAGACAAGUACCUAAAAUGGUAGACACGCAAAACUUGUUCACUUUGUGAUUCAAGCGCUAUUUUUGUAGAAAAUCUACAUUUUGAUAUGAAGGUAUCCUGAACUUAAAAUGGUUGUCCAUCGCUGCAAUUCCACAUCAAAGUGACAUCAUCAUGAUGUUUAAAAUGAUGAAAGAUUUGACACCGAAAUGUUUAAACAUUUGCGGCGAUAAUCCGCUUUAUAUAAUUUGCCAUAGAACUUGCGUAGCAACGUAACAAGAUAAUUCUUUCUUUCGACAAAUCCGAAACCAACUUCCGCAAGAGAAGUUUUUCUUACAGAGGAACUGCACUUUAAAAAAAACUCUUGUUAAAAUGUUCCUGGUUAAGCCAUUACCUUAUUUAAGUUAACUUAAUAUUCCUGUUUAAAUUCCCUGGUUAUUUUAUCUCACUAGGAAUCUGGUUAUAUUUGACCAGAACGUCCUGGUUAAUCAAACUAUGUUAGGUCUAAAAGUGUAAAACUGAAAUUUACGCUUGGAAAUUCCAUCUACAAAAAAACAACAUCUACAUGCAUAUUUUAUAAUACUGUACAAACCGCAUGAUUCUGUUAUCUCUUGGCUCUCGAGCACUGAACUGAAAAUAGCGUUUACGUUCUUUAAUUCAGGCAAACAUAUCCAGUUCUUCGUAUGCCUCUGGAGCCUGCAUAAAUCUUGGUGCUGACAAAAGUAGCGAUGGAAUUGGUGAAAGUCGUAUAGAUAUGAGUUUAGAUGACAAUUAUGACAAGAAUCGCAGGGUAUGAGCAAGCUGAAUUAAAAUAGAAAAGUCAAUCGAAAUUUUUAUAUGCUAUAUAAGUCAGUCUUCUUUUUAUUCCCGCGGGAUGUACGGCAAAUACACUCUAAUACAUCACUGUAAGUCUAAAAAACUAUAUAGAGGGCAUUUAAAAUGUGGUUUCGUACGUAACAUUGUUGACAUUGCAAUAUGGUAUGUUUGCUGCAUUUAUCUAAAAUAGGAAAAUAUAGAUAAAUGUAUCACUAUUACCGCUAAUGACUUCCGCAAAUUCCUUACUCUUCAAGAAAUUACUUCCUUGAAAAAUCCUUCGUUCUAAACAAAGACGAAGGACUUUGCGAAAGUCUAAUGUACCACUGGCAACGACGAAAGUGUUGCAAUAAAGAGUUUACUUCCCCAUUUCAGGCAACGAUGUCUUCGGGUAUUUCUGGAGUUUCCACAAAUUUUAGCACUGGCCGAAGUAGUAGCUUUGGUGAAAGUUGUGAAGAUUUGAGCUCAAUGAACAAUUAUGACAAGAAUCGCAGGGUAUGAUUUAAUAUUUAACACGAUCUAUCAAUACAGUCUGAGCAAGCUGGCUUAAAGAGAGUUUGAAAUUUUCACAAGCCACAAAUUCUCUUUUUAAUCCUACCCUAGAGCUUAGUUAUUUCUGAAACGUUUUAGAGAGGGGCGGGUAGUGGGUGAUAUUCAUUGUCUUAGCCAUAAGCAAGCUCUACCAUAACUGCAUGGUAUCAAACUGGAUGAGGAUUUUACUCAACAACAUGAUAAACAACAAAAAUAUAGUUACAUGAACUUAACACUCAGCUAAAAUUAACAUGAAUUUCCAGAACAUUAAUAAAUCUAAUCAGUGGGGCUUAAAGUUCUUUCCUCUAAAAUGGGGGAGGGGUUUAUUGGAAACGGAGGAUCUGUUGAUUAUGUUUCCAUUAUCUAUAAUCAAUGUUCAUUGUCAAUUUUUAAGAAAGCGUUUACGUUCUUAAUUUCAGGCAACAAUGUCUUCACAUAUUUCUCGAGCUAGCACUCGCCGAAGUAGUGGAUUUUCGGAAAGUUAUGAAGAUUUGAGUUUGGAUAACACGAAUCGUACGGUAUGACUGAUUUACACGAUUUUAUCAUGGAAUAUAUUCACGAUAACAUACGACUGGACAAUAAAUUGCAUAUAGUGUGAGCAAGCUGAACUAAAAUCGAAAGCCACUUAAAAUUUUCACAUGCCAUAAAGCGAUCCUCUUUCUAAUCCACGGGAUGUACGGCAGAUAUACCCUACAGUACAUCAAUGGAAGCCUGAAAAACUAUAGAUAGACGGUCAUUCAAACGGUUUCCUUGAUUUUCCAAAUAUGUUUUGGGUUAGCGUAACAUUGCUGACAUUAUUUAACUAAAAUCAGGAAAAUGUAGGUAACAGUUUAUAAUGUAUAGAUUGUAUAUGACUGACACUACAACGAAUUAGCGUUUUAAGAAGCGUUAAUUAUACCUUCUCCAUUUCAGGCAACGAUGUCUUCAUGCAUUUCUCGAGCUUCCACAAAUUUUAGCACUGGCCGAAGUAGUGGCUUUGGUGAAAGUUGUGAAGAUUUGAGCUCAGAUAACAAUUAUGACAAGAAUCGCAGGGUAUGAUUUAACACGAUUUGAUCAUGGAUGAUAAUAUGACUGGAUACAAAGUGGAUAUUGUGUGAGGAAGCUGGCUAAUUCCCACAAGCCGCAAAUCCUCUUUUUAAUCCUACCCAGGAGCUUAGUUAUUUAAGAACUGUUUGAAAGGGGGUCGGGUAAUUGGUGAUAGCCUAUUCAUUAAUUUAGCCAUAAACGAGCUCUACCGUAACUGCAUGAUAUCAAACUUGAUGAGGACUUUACUCAAACACAUGACAAACAACAAGUAUGAUUUAUCAUUAUUUCAAAUGGCAAAACAAAGUAGUAACAUGAACUGAACACUCAGCCAAAACCUAACAUGAAUUUCCAGAACAUUAAUAAAUCUAAUCAUGCAGUGGGGCUUAAAAAUCAUCCCUCUAUAAUGGGGAGGGGUUUAUUGGAAAUAGGGGAUCUGUUGGUCAUAUUUUCCAAUAUCUAAUCAAUGUUCACUGUCAAUUUUCAAGAGAGCCUUUACGUUCUUCAUUUUAGGCAACAAUGUCUUCAUAUAUUUCUCGAACUUCCACAAAUCUUAGCACUCGCCGAAGUAGUGGCUUUUGGGAAAGUUGUGAAGAUUUAAGUUUGGAUAACAAGAAUCGUACGGUAUGAUUUAACACGAUUUUAUCCGAUUGAAUAUUAUAUUCACGAUAACAUACGACUGGAUAAGAAAUUGCAUAUAGUGUGAACAAGCCGAACAAAAAUCGAAAGUCACUUGAAAUUUUCACAUGCCAUAAAUCCUCUUUCUCAUCCACGGGAUGUACGGCGAAUAUACCCUACAUCAAUGUUAGCCUGAAAAACUAUAUAGAUGGUCAUUCAAACAGUUUCCUUGAUUUUCUAAAUAUGUUUUGCGCAAACAUAACAUUGCUGACAUUAUUUAACUAAAAUCCGAAAAAUGUAGGUAACAGUUUAUAAUGUAUAGAUUGCAUGCAUCACUGGUACCAUACAACGAAUUAGCGUUUUAAGAAGCGUUAACCUUCUCCAUUUCAGGCAACGAUGUCUUCAUGUGUUUCUCGAGCUUCCACAAAUUUUAGCACUGGCCGAAGUAGUGGCUUUGGUGAAAGUUGUGAAGAUUUGAGCUCAGAUAACCAUUAUGACAAGAAUCGCAGGGUAUGAUUUAACACGAUUUGAUCAUGGAUAUAUAGUGUGAGCAAGCUAGCCUGAUAGAGAGAUUGAAAUUUUUACAUGCCACACACCCUCUUUUAAUCCUACCCUGGACUCCUGGAGUUUAGUUAUUUCAGAAAUGUUUGAGAGGGAGGGUGGGUAAUGGGUGAUAUUAAUUAAUUUAGCCACAACCAAGUUUUACCGUAACUGGUAUCAAACUGGAGGAAGACUUUAAUUUACGCAAAUACAUGACAAACAACAAGUAGGAUUUAUCAUUAUUUGAAAUGGCGAAACAAGAAUGGUUACAUGACUUUAACACUCACUCAGCUGAAAACUACCAUGAAUUUUCAGGACAUAUGAUAAAUCUAAUUAGCGGGGUUUAAUUUAUACAUCUUCCCUCUAAAAUAAGGGAGAAGUUUAUUGGAUAUGGAAAAUCUGUUAAUCAUAUUUUCCCAUGAUAUCUAAUUAAUUUUUACUGGCAAUUUUCAAAAAAGCGUUUUACGUUUUUUUUUGUUUUUUUUUUAUUUCAGGCAACGAUGUCUUCAAAUCCUCCCCGAGCAUCCAUAAAUCUUAGUACUAGUGGAAGUAGUGGUUUGAGUGCAAGUUGUGAAGAUUUGAGUUUAGAUAACAGUGAUGACAUGAAUUGCAAGGUAUGACUUAACACUCUUUAUCAUGGAUGACAAUGACUGGAUAAGAAUUAAAUACGAAAUUGCGAUUUUAAAAAGUCACUGACAUUUGUAGAUGCCGUACAUCAUAUACAGCUAUUUAAAUUAAGGUUGUCCCCCGAGCAAAGCGGAAAAGUCGAAUACGAGCGCAAAAGGCUACUGGGAAUCGCUAAUAAAUUCAUUCUAAUGUUACUUAAUAAACUUUAUUUGCACUGAUGGAGAACGAACACAAUAUUUAUUUCAAACACUCAUUAAUAAUUCAUAAGCUUAUUGGCCAAUCAUGUCUGCUGCAUGAUAAAAUACUGCUGCUCAUGUGCAUGAAAGUUCAGGUGAAUUAAAAUCUAGUCUAAUAUAUAUACAUGUAUAUUAUUUGCAGACCUUACCUAGGCUUUCUAAUAAAGAAGAUAUAUCAUUAAGGAGAGCUAAGUCGUAUCGCAAAGCAAGAAGUUUGUCCGUACCCGCGUCAGUAGCUAAAAGAGAAGACUGGACUUCAAUGUCGAGGUUGAAGGAACAUCGCAGUAAAAGUAAGAUAUUGUGUCAGAUGGAACAUUUUGAUCGUCUAUUUUUAUCGCCUGUUUACUCAUAUUUACAUAAUUACUACAAUUAGACUUUUAUAUCAUACAAAUAAUGAAUGUUUAUUCGUGCGAUGGUAAGAAUAUUUUCAUCAGGUGAAAGAUGGAAUUUUCCAUUCCACGAGACGACAGCCGAGGACUAGAUCAAAAUUGUCAUAUGAGCAAAAUAAAAUAUUUGUAGUAUGGUUGGCUAAAUUACUUAUGAAUUAUUAUAUUGUGGUUUUCCCUUGGAUAUAUGUAGUUAGUGGUCAUGGCGCUGCACCAGAAUCAGGUUGGGCCCUUAUGGUUAAGUCAUACUUUUUGAUCCUUAUACAAUUUUUCAUACUUAUACAAUUUUCAUCGAGAAAAUGUUUUAAUUUAUCGUGCUUGUAUGGUUGUUAAAUCUACUGUUUACCUCACUCCAGCGUCCGGAUCUAGUAAAGAAAGGCAUCCAAACCUAGUAAAGAAAAGCAUCACCACAGGAGGAGGUGUUGUAAAGAAAGAUGACAUCAUACUUAAGAUAGGAGCUGGAUGUCUGGCUAUGGACACCGAAAUCACAUUGAUCCAAGACGAUCAGAAUUCCGCCUUCAAGGCACUGCUCGACUUAGGUCUAGUCGAUGCCGCCCCACGAGUUGUGGAAUUCCUUCCGGACGGCCUGAAAUUCUCGAAACCGGCAGAUCUUACGACCAGAUUUGAAAAAACUGCCUCGGAUUCUGAACUUUCCAUUCUACAUGGUUCUUACAACUGCGACUACCAGGGUAUAGUUUGGGAACUGGUAACUAAUGCUAUCGAGGACAAUAGCGCCGAGGGGGUUGUAAAUAUGAAAAUUUACGGGUUCUGUUUCUAUAGCUACAUUUUAGCAAAGCGCGGGAAGUUAGCCCGGAUCUUGAGUCAUCUUAAUCACUCGUUUACCUGUUGUGCGUAUGCCUUUUAUCGUAGACUACCUUCAAUGGAUACUAUAGAUAUUUCGGUUGUCAUGUUGAGUGAGUUUGUUGAUAAGAAAGAAAAAGAAGACAUUAAACAAUUGAAAGAUCACUUUGAAGAAGGUUACGUUAAAGGAGAUAAAGGAAUGGGGAAGCGUGUUCACACAAAACGUCCUCUUGAAAUAUGUUUGGACUUCCCAGGCGUCGAAAGCAUUGCCUAUCCGUUCAAGGUGGACCAACCUGAACUGGACAAAGAUGGUUUUGUUAUCGAUCAUUUUAAAGCAAUUGUAGUAAAGAGUCCAGCAUGUGGUGCGGUGAAGAUAAGCGAAGUUGACCGAAGUGUCGAAAAUGAAUUUGUGUGGAGGAUGAAUAUUCUUGAGAAGGAACAGGGGAAUAAAAUGCAGAAAGGUCAAGGUAAAUUAAAAUUUGCUUCUUUUCAUUCAAAAAGUGGGUUCUAUACUCUUUUUUAGCAAUGAACAGAUACUCAGUAUACUGUUAUAAAAUAAUGCAAUUGCAAUGCACUUGGUUUUUCAAGUUUUAUAUGUUGUAUUGUUUCAUACCGACUUGCAUUGUAUUGCAUUGUAUUGUACUAUGUUGUGUUGUGUGUUGUGUUUGUGUUGCGCUGUGUCGUGAUAUGUUGUGUUACAAAUAACGUAACGAUUUAGCCUUUCUCACGAUGACGAAUAUCCGCCAUUUUUCAGUGGCAUCUAAUUCUCGUUAAUCAAUGCAGACAAUUAACACAAUGAGAAAAGCAAUUUUUCAAAGUAAACUAACCAUUUACAAAACAAAUUUACCAUCAUUCGUCCACAAAUUAUAAAACGUCGCUGUCAUGUGGACUUAUCUCGCAGACUUCAGCUGAAAAUCCACCCAAAAAUGUCGGUGUAAGAAAGGCUAAUUGUAUUGUAUAGUUAUGGUAUUGAACUCUAUUCUAUUAUAUUUGAACCAGAACCCAAACCAGAACCAGAACCAGAACCCGAACAGGAACGAGAACCAGAAGGUAUAUUAUUUUAGUGUUGUUAUAUAGCUAGGAUGGUGAACACCAGACGUAAUUGGUUGAUUUGUGGUCACGUGGCUUUUGAAAAAUGCAAUAUAUCCCGCCGAGCAACAAGUGAAACAUUGUUGUCCGCUCCGACCGCGGCUACGUAUAUAUAAAAUAAAUAAAAUGGCGACACAACUGGCAAGUUUAUAAUAUAGACUUAAAUUCCCAUGUUUGUGUUAAAAUAAAGAAUGUAAAAGAGAAGAAAAAUACACAACAGGCAACAGGAUAUGCUGCUGUGACCGUUUAAGUAGGUUCUUUUAAUUUUAAACUCGUUUACACUAUAGAGUUUUUGUCGUGAAAUACAAUCGUUAAUUUGUUGCAUGAAUGUUGUUGAUUUUUCUUUCCUCGCUAUAUAACAAAACACUUAAUGUCUGUUUCCUUGGGAAAUAGUUAGGUUUGUUUCCCCUCAAACUUUCAAUGUUUCGUCUUGGGAAACAUUGAGACUCUGAUAUAUCAGGGAAAACAAAACUGUUUUUCUCAGGUCCAGACACCAAAUGUAUACUAUUUUCUAAGAUAUGUAUUGCACAACUUCUUGGAAUGUUUUACGUGAUGUAAAUAUUAAGUAAAACGAGUCAUUUUGAUGUAUAUUCAAGACUUGCAGCCGACUUACAAAUAAGCUUUUUUUGUUAUAUAUUUCUAGUUGUAUACCGUAACACACAGCUCACAAAUAAAGAAAUAAGUCGGAUGAGCCUCGUGAUUGGAGUUGACUGGGACAGUUUAGCAGGUCUCAUGGAUAUUCCGUAUUCUAAGCGAGAGGAAAUCAGAGUCAACCACGCGAAAUACCCGGAUUUUUCUUCGAAAGCCGAAGAAAUUUUCGCGCUUUUCAAUUGCUGCGAGUGUUUUGGUCGUCACAACCUGGAAAAAUGUGUCGAUGAAAUAGGACGAGAUGAUUUGAAAGACGAAAUGAUCCCUUUGGAAAACGAGGUAUUUAACCUAGCAAAUUAAAUACACUAUACACUAUACACUAUACACUAUACACUAUACACCAUACACCAUACACCAUACACUAUACACUAUACACUAUACACUAUACACUAUACACCAUACACCAUACACCAUACACCAUACACCAUACACCAUACAAUAUACAAUAUACACUAUACACUAUACACCAUACACCAUACACCAUACACCAUACACCAUACACCAUACACCAUACACCAUACACCAUACACCAUACACUAUACACUAUACACUAUACACUAUACACUAUACAAUAUACACUAUACACUAUACACCAUACACCAUACACCAUACACCAUACACCAUACACCAUACACCAUACACCAUACACCAUACACCAUACACCAUACACCAUACACCAUACACCAUACACCAUACACCAUACACUAUACACUAUACACUAUACAAUAUACAAUAUACACUAUACACUAUACACUAUACACUAUACACUAUACACUAUACACUAUACACUAUACACUAUACACUAUACACUAUACACUAUACACUAUACACUAUACACUAUACACCAUACACUAUACACUAUACACUAUACACUAUACACUAUACAAUAUACAGCAAUCAGAAAGUUAAAAUCAUGUGUAGACCUUAAUACAUUAAUUUGUGCCUAUAAUGCACUUGUUUUGCCUCACCUGGAUUACUGUUGCGAAGUUUGGGACACCAUUGGUACCACACUUUCUGAUCGUCUCCAGAAAUUACAAAAUAGGGCUGCUAGACUUAUCGUGGGUCGUAAAAAUGAACAUGAUCAAUCUGAACUUGCUCUAAAUGAAUUAAACUGGAAGCCUCUGAGCGAACGCAGAACCCAGUUUGUGGCAAGUCUUUUGUAUAAAAUUACUCAUGAUCUAGCGCCCUUACGACUUACUGAUAUUUUUCAAAAGACGUCUUCCUCCCAGCACUACAAUUUGCGGGGCUCUUCCACUAAACUCCAUUUGCCCAAGCCUAAGACUGAAUAUCUUAAAAAAAGUCUUAGGUUAUAGAGGGGCUAAACUGUGGAAUAGUCUCCCAAAUGAAUUAAGAGGAAAAGAAUCACUAGCUAUAUUCAACAAAAACGUAUGACACCUGGCUACUAUUAUUAGAGUUUUCAAAUCCAUAUUUACCUUGACUAUUUAAUCUAUUAAUAUUUACUAUAACCUAUUUAAUUGUAUGUAAUUGUAUUAACUGCAUGUAACUGUAUUUGUAUGUUUAAUUUUUCUAAAUUUUUAAUGUAAAUUUGAAUUUAAUGCUACGCCCCCCUUGGAAAUCAGCUUUUGCUGUAGGGGUUAGCGUAGUAAAAUAAAGUUUUACCUACCUACCUACCUACCUACCUACCUACCUACCACUUUAGAGAUCAGUAGGCCUAGCAAAUACACUUUGUUGUGGACGGUUAAUUUGUCGCCGCUAUUUUUGGCAAAGCGAACAUUAAUUAAUACGGACAUGCGCAAACGAGGUUUUUGUCAUGUUUUUAUUUUGAAUCGAACUAAACAAUUACUAAACACGCUUUUAUAUCGAUUUUCGUUUGAUAUGUUAUAGUUAAAAUAAAGCAAAUUCGCUGUAUCGUACAGUAUACGCACUAUCCACAAUUAUCAUGCAUGGAAAUGAUAUGGAGGGGGGGAUUUUCUAAGAGGCAAUAUAAUUUUUUUUGUACACCUAUAGAAGAAAAUUUUGAUUUAUCACUUGAUGGCUGGAAAUAUUUUUUUAAAGUGAAAUUUGCAGGCCCAUCUUCCAAGCUAGGAAUUUUUUUUGCACUAUCCCUGGGAAGAUUUUUUUUUUCUGGUCCGUCCCUAAAGCUUAGUUAUAUCGUUGUUCUAAUACAUGUUUCUGUAAACUCGAACAAUAGUAACUAGGCGUGUGAGUUACCUAAAGUUGUGAAUUGUGUACAAACAAGCUAGCUAGCCAAAUUUGUCAACAAGCUAGCCAAAUUUGUCUAUGGUAUUGUGAUUGACUAGACUUUUAAUCCUGUGUGCAUACAUUAGAAAUUUAGAAUAGACGAAAAUGAAAAAUUGUUCUUCUUUAAAUAGGUAAGAACUGUUCAUAAAGAAGAGGAAACACAACCUGAAGAGCAUACAAAUUACAACGUUGACAACGUUGAGUUACGAAACACACCUCUCUCCUCUCGUGAAAUGUACAGGCUUAGCAAAUGCAUUGUUGACUGGGACAGCCUUGCUGGUCUUAUGGAUAUAGCCAGGGAAGAGAGGAAUAAUAUUCGAAAUAACACUCUCUACCAUGAUGACCGUGCCCGCGCUGAGAAAAUCUUAUCGAUGUUCAACCACAAGAAUGGCUUCACUCGUGAGAAGCUGACUAAUUGCUUACAAGGAAUCAAAAGGUUGGACUUGAUUAGUCCAAUUAUCACAGGAAAGUGGAGAAAGUUAUAAUGAUUAUAUAAAUUUUGA